UGAACAUCAUUUUUUCACAUCUUUCAACAUCUGCAUCCAUGAUUUUACUUCCCCCACCAUACUAUUCAAACCAAAACCUGUUCACAUGAUGCGCGACCAUGGCGGGCGCUCCUUUUGCGACUUGCUUCACUGAAGGACGCUAGCAGAUCGGCAAAAUGAUUGCCAGUAUUGUGAGUAACACCAGCACCACCAAGGUGAUGGCCGAGGAGGGCGAGGACGGGAAAAUGCGGAAGCCGCACUUUAUGCUGUCCGCCCUCGCGGGACGGAAAAGGCGAAAAGGGAACGGCAGGACGAGCAUGGUGGAGUACACCCCGUACCUCCGACAACUGCCGCCUGCGGACUACUCCCGCUUCGACUUUUUGCACCCGGGCAAGAAGGAGCUCGGCCAGAUGUUCCCGAGCCGCGAACGGGAGCUCUCGUUAGCCUUCUUCCGGAACAUGUUCGGCACGUUAGUCCAGCGGUUCGGAGACUCGCACGGCGAGAUCCCGAGUAGCCACUUCGAACGAGCCAUGACACGAGUGUGUCGAUUAAUAGGUGAUAAGGACCGAAAAAUCGAGGCUGCGCGCUACGACGUCGACGGCAGCGGUAUCAUUCUAGUUGAUGCAGCUUUUUCUGACUACAGCGAGACUCAGUCCGUCGCGAAUUUGCAUUUGAAUUUCGGUUCAUCUGAUCGCGCCUGAAGAAUUUUCUGUACGUGUAAUUCUAGUUUGAGUUACCAGCGUGAUCUUCAUCUCUCAAUUUUUUUACCAAAUACAGGCUCCGUCGGUUGGUGGGAAUUCGUCGCUUGCUGGAAGGACAACCGGUUUUUCUACGAAUACUCCACGUGGGAGCGAAUUUCAAUCCUUUUCGAGGAUCCGGGCAGCUCCCGGCUCGCGCGGCAAAUCCAGAUGCUGCUGAUGUGCACAAUUCUGCUCUCCACCGUGCUUUUCAUCAUCGGAACGCUUCCGAGCAUGAAAAUUUGGCCCAGCGACAACUGCCAGUCGCUGUGCGACAAGGACAAGAGGGUGACCCCGUUUACGCCCGAGGCCGUGGGGUGGUGCGAGAAGGAGUGCGAGCCCGUGGCGACCCCGGAGUUCGAGUUGCUCGAGGUGGUCUGCGUGAUGGUCUUCACAUUCGAGUAUGUCACCAGGAUUGUGUCCUGCCACGCCUGCCGACCGGAGCUGAUCCACACCAAUGGAUUACUGGAGCUGGUCUUGAACGAGAACUGCAAGCGGAAAUCCUCCGCGGUCCAGCGCGUCUGGCAGUUCUUCAUCAACCCCCUGAACUUAGUCGAUUUAAUGGCGGUCGCUCCCUUUUACAUCGAGCUGGGACUGGCCUCGCACCUCGAGGGUGGCAGUGGGGUGGACGGGAGCACCGUGCUUCGUGUCAUCCGUCUUACGAGGUUAUUUCGGUUACUGAAGGUCGCGAGGUAUUUUCACACUUUGAACGUCAUCGUCCGGGUGGUGCAGAGGGCGGCGGCCGGACUCGCAGUGUUGCUCUUCGUGUUGAUGCUCUGCGUCAUCUUCUCAGCCUCGGUGCUUUACUUCGCGGAACAAGGUAUUUUUUCUGAAAUUUGGGUUUGUUCAUGUCCUAGUGAUGUCGAUAUAGUAGUCAUCUACUUGUUCGUGUUGAUGAGUUUUUUUUCAGCAUGAUGUCGCAUUAGGAAUUUGAGCUAACGUGCGCUGCUAAUCAAAUUUCGACGUGGCAUGAUCAAAUCUUUACCCCACAGGUGACUGGGACGUCGAGCAGAAUGCUUACACGCGUUACAACUGGGUCCAGAACACAGAAGAACAGACGCCAUUCAAAUCUAUCCCUCAUUCGAUGUGGUGGUCAUUUGUGACCUACACAACAGUGGGGUACGGUGACAUGAUGCCCUACAGCGUUGUUGGUACUGAGUUUUUUUGUGAACAAUUUCGUCCUUUUUAAGUGCUUCUAGUUGAAAUUCUAUGACAGGUACAUAGCGCGAUCGUUAUCCGACUCCGAGCACGAGAAAAAAAAUCUCAUUAAAAAACCCUUUUUCCAGGUCAAACAUUGGCCAUCAUCUCUAUGUUGUGCUCCAUGCUGAGUGUGGGUAUGCCGACUUCCGUCCUUUUGCGCUCCUUCAAUGACGUCUGGGACGAAGCCAUACAGGAGCAGGUAAUGAUUUAAAACAUAACUUUUUUCAUUCUACGACAAAUUUCAUUUGGAAUGCUUUAUGUUUUUGCUUUGGGUUUCGCCAGAUGCAACUCUCUUGUUCCUUCCCCGCGAUUUUUAUACUAAAAGCCAAAAUCACUUUUCGCCACACCUUCGAAACUGACAGGUCGAGCAACGAACGCAAACGGAAGUGGAACGUGAGGCCGUCGAGAAUGUGUUUCUGUACUCGGAACCGUUUAUGCAGAUGAGGAGGGUGCUUAUCGAGGUCUACGACGACACGUUGUCCAGUCAGCAGCACGAUUUCCUGGGGCAGUGCAUGCUGGAGUUCGACACGAUCGGCGUGCCGCAACUGAAGAGCAAGGGUUUGGUGCAGCAGUUUGUCCGCAACUCCAGCGCCGUGCUGGAGGCGUCCGUCCGGUCCGAGUCCGCGAAGAACAAAAACGCGUCAAAAUCGGCGAUAAGCUCGCGCACGGCAACCAAGGAAUCCAGUAACCCCUCGGAUUCCAACGCGGCGAGUGCUGAACAACAACCGCAGGUGGACUACGACCCGUGGACCGCAACUGUGGAGCUCUCAUUAGACGACAACCCGCUGAAGCCCAGGAUAAACACGCUUCCGAUAACGGGCAACAUCACCAUCGAAUUGACCUGGACCCCCGACCCUGACGCCGACAUGGUGGAAGUCGCGGUGUUGAACAUGCAGGGCGACCCCACCAGCCCGGGCGGCAGCGAUUCUUUGACGCACCCGCCGAAAGCGGCGACGUCCUUUGCGGAAAAGGAGCAGGAGGACCAGGCGCAGUUUUUCGAGGAGUUGGUUUUACCCAACAAAGCUUCCUCAGCAGGCGCGGAGAACAAGGAAGGCGACCACGAAGUGGAAGUGCCUUCGCUUCCGUCCAUGUCUUCUGCCAGCUCCGUGGAAGUUUUGCCAGUAGUUGUAGCGAGGAGAGAUGAUCAUGACGGUCGUGCAGCAACUUACCAUUCCAGACGCGACGCCGAAGAGGAACUGUCCAGAACGCUGCACGCGCACUUGCCCGCCCGACCGUAUGAAGGGCGGCACAUGGCGGUUACGGGCGGCGGCGGGAAGAAACCCGAACCAGUCUCGUCGCCCACGGGCCGAAACCCCAGCAGUUUGGUCACCCCCAGCAACGCAGGCAGCAAGAAGUACGAAGACCAAAUGUUGGCAUUAUCCCCCGGAACGUUGUCUGUCCGGGUGCUCGGCGUCACCGGAAUUUCCGCCGUGCGCGAAGCAACCGGAGAGCCUCCGGGCACGCUCACGCUGGACCCCUACGUUACAGUCACCGUCUGGAAUCGACCGCCGAAAAACGUAUGAUUUUUUUCUAUGAUUCUUAGCUUUGGUAGUUGUUGUUUCGAGCCAUUUACUUUGUUGCGAAAACUUUUCGGAAUUUCUUCGUGUCAUUUUUUGUCAACAUUGUGGUCCAUGGGUGUGUUACUGCCUCGCCGGCCAUUUGGCACAACCACAAUAUUGAAGAGCGAUUUCUAUUGCUCUUUUGAUUCACCACAGGACGACGACGACGAGUCGGAGGAUGAAGACCCGAACGCGAGGCUCGUGAGCGCCGAGGACGCCUUUUUGUCGGUGCGCACAAAGCUCGGCGAGGUAGUUACCAGGAAACGCACGCAAACCGCGCCGGAUUCCAUCGUGCCGGAGUUCGACGAGAUCCUCGACUUCAAGUACAGUUGGCUGAGUCAGAAGGAGGAGCGGGAGCAGCGGCGCGAAAGGUCACCGAAAGGAGCAAAGGAAUCUCAGUUGUCACUCAUGCAAGAUUUGACGAGAAAGAUCACCCGAAUGGAGCAACGCCUCGCCGCCAACGACGAGCAUGCGGCGCGUCAGCGACAAGUCUCCAAUGACCACUAAAGUGAGUCAGCCUUGUUGUUUUCCCCAACACACCUUAUAUAUUUAGUAUUUUUUAGAAAUUAGUCACCAUUUUACCUUUACAACCAUAGUUUUUUUGUAUAUCGAAUCAGACAUUGUAUUGCAAAAGUAAACUGCUUAUAAAAAAUCACACAGUUCCAUUUUUCUUAUCUUACUUACGCAUAAAAUAAUCAUCACAAACUACGUUUUUCUUAUCUUACUCACAUCCUUUUAAUCUUGUAUUUUUAGUUUGAAAUAGCAACAUAUCAGUCGCAACCGGUACCGAUUGCGAUGGCACAGCCACAUCAUUUUUCCUCGAGGAAAAAACUCAUAAUUAGCAGUACACAAAAUUAACACUUAACGAAGAUUUUUUUUCUUUUUCAGCCCCGGCACUGCCCCUUUACACGUAAUCGUGCUUACACAGAGGGAUUCGUCGUGGACUAAAACUUUUUAGCCUAUAGAUGUCCGCUCCGUGUAGGUGCCCCCGAAAGAUGUCCCCCCAAAAAAAAUAGCACUUCGGAAGGAUAUAUAACAUUCAUCAGGAGCUCGCACGCCGCGAAGAGAGGCGAAAGGUAGUUAGGCGCGCCUUUCUUCAUGCAUUUCUGCAAUGCGUUGAAUUUGAAUUGCGCGUGACACAAAGAAGGCGGAAGCACAAAAAAUGCAUACGAAUGUCAUGAAGGAAGGGCGCAAACAAAAAGAGGAUGAAGAAAUCAGUGGCAUUUUUCCAAAAGAAGUGAGGAGCUGUUACUGUUAGUGCCAGUUUUUCACUUUGAAGCGUGGUAACAAGUAGUACGAAACCAUUUUUCGUAACGAAUAGCGAGUACAAGGAAGUACGAACACGACACGCUAGUGUAGGAUUUUUCACAUGGAAAAACGCAGCCAUAUCUUCCUAAUCUUUUCUUUCUGGAACGAACGGCGCACAGGUAAAAUAAAUUUAGUAUUUAUGGUACAACGAUUCCGCGCGACGCUAAAAUUAGUCCGACACUGCUACCGCCUGCACUAUUCUUUGAAUGGAUCGCAUCUCCCUUCUUUUUUUCUUUUAU